AUGGAGGUCGAAGACCCGUGGGACUGGUCUAUUGACCGCGUGGUGCAAGAGCUUUGUACUCCCAAUCGAUCUUGGCACCCCCCUACCUCCACAUCAACCCCGGACCUUACCAAACUUGCGAGUGUUCUUCGGGAACAAGAGGUCAAUGGAAGUGUCUUUCUACUGGAUAUCGACGACGAUGUUCUAAGGAAAGAUUUUGACAUCAAGACUCUCGGCCAAAAAGCCUUUGUUCGGAGAGCAAUUGAGGAGCUCAGAUCAAAGAGCGCACACUAUCAAGCAUAUGUGCAGGAACACUUUUCGCGUAGCUUUACCUCAACUCUACGCAGACCUAGUGUCGCAGGUCUUGAAUCACCUGCGUCCUUCCAGAAUUAUCUCACUGCAGCAGAUUAUUCUGGAGGAGCGUUGGAGGACAGUCCAGGGAUACCUACCCCGGUCGAUACUCGAACUGCUAGUGGUGAAUUUGUCGUUUCGGACGCUUCAGGUAGCAAACGACGCAAAUUAGACCAUGCUAAUGCCGACGAUAAUUUUGCACCUCUGAUUCCAGAUAGUUCGUCUCCCCAGAUCAUCGAAUCGGACCACGAGAUCGUACAGACCGAAAAUGUUGCACAACAUAUUCCACCUACUCCGCGAUCUGAAAGUGCUCCUAGUCCUAUCCCGGAGAAUAAUGGGAAGAAGCCUAAGCGCAUCGCCCCGACUUUGAUUUCAUCACAGAUCGACCCGAGUAGGGAUCGUGAAAUUCCGAGUGAUGCAGACAACGUUCGGCCGAAAUCAAAUCUCUCAGUGUCCCAAGCGAAAGGCUACCUGGGCAAAGUGAAGAUACCUGUCGAUGAUAUCUUCUAUAAGGGUACUGAAGUAGGCCAAGAGCUUCCGGCUUCAGAAGAUCCCACCGAAUUCUCUGAAGUUGCCAGGCAAAUUUCAAGUGGACGACGUCUUUACAUACAUCAUGUUAUGAAAAACUUCCUGCGAUCAGAGCGGCAAGUCUUUGAACGUGAUGGGAAAUCCUUCAUUGCCAUCCUCCCAUAUCCGACAAAGCUUGCAGAAAGAUUCCACAAACCUUCCUUCACGUUAUUCUAUACAAAGGAGGAUGGCAAGGCCUGUUCUAGACGCGAAGAACUCCAAUCUUGGCCCGAAGUCGACCCUGAUGCACCUCCACAGAAGCUUCUGGCUGAUGGCGACGACAAUCGCGUGACUUUUAAUUCAGGGGUAUUGCAUGAGCUCGGUUCUUAUGGAGAGACUUUUGAUCCUGAUUCCUUGGCGAAAUACCGACAUGUUCAGGGAGGCGACGAAGUCCUUCCGAUCUAUGGAGAAUCGGAUGAAGAGAACGAGUAUGAUCUCGACACGUGGGCAGAAAUAGAGGGAGAACGGGGAACCCUUGUUAAGCCCUUGAAACCCCUGAAGAAACCACAUCUCAGCAUAGAAGAAGUGAACAAGGCGAUUGAUGAGGGCAUUGCUGAAUUGGUCGUCAAGUGGAAGAAGGAGAAGCUACCUAAAAACCAAGCGAAGGCGCUACGAUUAUGGACAAAGUUCCGCAAGAAUCGUGAGGCUCGGCGAGAGCGUAUCAGAGUGAUUCAAAAGCGCCUCUACCACAUCACUGAUGAUCGGAUACCGAAGCUGCGCAAGGAAAUUGUUGGCGAAAUUUGGACAAGUCAACGUCAGGUGCGAAGACAGACUCGCAUCAUGGAGCAGACUAUCUUCGAUCGUGAAAGCUCUAUCUGGGAGAUUUCUAUUAUAGAAAGUAAAGUUGCCCCAGAGAGACCUCCACAAAAACUUUCCAAAUCGACGAAGCCAAGAGCCCGCGCUGAGGAAGAUGGAGAAGGAGAGCUUAUAGAAAGCGACCUCGAGACAUCUUCCCCUGGUGAAGACGAAUUUGAUGAUUUUAUUGUCGAUGACACGUCAAGUUCUGGAGAGCCAGUUGAGAUGGAUUUUGCAGACAGUGAGGAUGAUGAUAGUGCGACUUCGUCUGAUGCAAGCUUGGAUAAUCUCACCAAAACAUCAUUUGCAGUUCGAACAAAGCCUUCGAAGAAUUCUAUCAAAGGUCGCGCUUCAAAUGAUGAUGUUGACUAUAUGUCAGAUGGAUCUAACGAAGAAUCUGGGCCUGUUAAGCCAGUCGCUACAAACCCACGCACGCCAGGCCAUCCAUCAACCCCGAAUCAUACGAAAAAAUCAACACCUCCUGGCUUUUCUCAUGCUUCGCUAAACAGCGCCAGUGAACCUAUUGAUCUAACGAUGCUUUCCGACGAUAGUCCUCUCCGCCCUGUUACUAAAAUGGAGAUGCCGAAGAAGAAGAAACCACUAAUCAAGCUCACGAAUCACAACAGCCCCUUGAGUAGUAGCCCUAUUGUCAUAUCUGACGAAGAGCUUCCAUUACCUGAUAUGGAUAAUCUGCCUCCCUAUGAUGACCCUGAUGCCAUCGCAAAGUUCUCGCACGAGGCUUGGGCCAGUGUUUCUGACAGGGAACGUCUACUCAUAUCUGUGCUUAAGGAGAUGAAUGAUGCUGCGAGAACUGCUAUAUUCUCCUUCAUCUCGAACGUCUCUGAAACUGAACUCUGGGAUCAUAUGUCUGGCGUGAUAGGAGCUUUGCUUAAGGCGAAAAGCAGUCUUAAAGGCGUGGACGACAAUACCUUUGAAACCCUGAUCAAUUUUAUCAAGCUAUUCAACACAUACGUCGACUGCAAAUAUCAUGCUCGAAAGAAACCAUCAGAGCGGCGCCUUUUAAAGCUUCAAAGUGCGCGCAAUGAAUGGUUCCCUGCGUUUUACCUUCUUUGUCGAAAAUUGGAAAGCUACUUCCGGUCGAGUCUAAUGGAUGGCCAAGAGGAUGAUGGCAAUAAGCAGCUGGAGGACAAACGUGAACGAGCUGUCAACACUAUCACCGACGAUGGUUACCAAGGAGAUGCUGGUUCACAACGUAAGAAACGCAAGCGAAAGAUUUAUGAGGACAAGGAAGCUCGUGACAUGCGAGAGCAAGAUCGCUUACGACUCGAUGCACAAGAACAACGUCGAAAGAAGCUUCAAAGCAAGCUUACAUCGAUCGGACAUAUAGAUGGUCAGCAUCAAAUCAUCAUAAACGAUGGCAAGUUUGAGCAUCAAGGAUUCGUCUAUGUCAAUGAACAAAUAGCUCCACGGAUUAAGCCGCAUCAAAUUGAUGGUGUUCGAUUUAUGUGGAACCAAAUUGUCACCGACGAGAAGGCAAUGCAAGGCUGUCUACUUGCCCAUACGAUGGGUCUAGGGAAGACAAUGCAAGUAAUCACUCUUCUAGUCGCAAUAGCUGAAGCAUCUGCAUCACCCGAUGAAUCCGUGUACUCACAGGUUCCCCCCAGCCUUCGGGUUUCGAGAACCUUGGUUCUAUGUCCUGCUGGACUCAUAGAUAACUGGAUGGAUGAACUCCUUACAUGGUCCCCCAAAGAUCUCUUGGGACACUUCCGGAAAGUGGACACCACUGUCAAAACUCCUGAAAGACUGCAGGUUAUCAGCGAUUGGUAUCAUGACGGCGGAGUGCUUAUUCUUGGCUACGAAAUGUUUAGGUCCCUCUACGAGAAUAAAACCACGGCGAAACGCCGAGCACCUCUCAAUGAGGAGGAUCACAAAACUGUCAAAGAUCAACUCCUGAAUGGGCCCAAUAUAAUCGUGGCGGAUGAAGCUCAUAAAAUGAAAAACGCAAAUAGUGCCAUCGCACAAUCAACGGCUCAAUUCAGAUCGAAGAGUCGCAUCGCGCUGACAGGAUCUCCGCUCGCAAACAAUGUUGCGGAGUAUCAUACUAUGAUCGACUGGGUCGCUCCAAAUUACUUGGGUCCUGCACUUGAAUUCCGUGUCAAGUAUGUUGAGCCCAUCCAGGAUGGACUUUGGCACGAUAGCACAGCUUCCGACAGACGUAGGAGUCUGAAAAUGCUCGGCGUCCUGAAGGAGGAUCUUGCUCCCAAAGUUCACCGGGCCGAUAUGUCCGUUCUGCGCAACGACCUACCCCCCAAGAAAGAAUUUGUGAUCACAGUUCCUCUUACCGACCUGCAAAGGAAAGUGUAUUCGCUUUAUGUGCAGUCUAUGGUAUCAGGCCAGACGAAAGAAGUCUCUCAGACAACUGUAUGGCACUGGCUCGCGAUCCUCUCCCUGCUAUGCAACCAUCCCGAAUGCUUCAAUAGGAAACUCAAUGAACGAAAGGAAGAGGCCCGAAAGGAGCGGGGCGUACUCUCUGGUUCCAUUUCUCGAACCGGUACAGAUCAAGCCACUGACCAAAGCACUGAUCAAGCUGAGAUAAUCGCGGCUGAGCUCAAUGCACCCGUUUGGAAGGUCGGAGUGUCUCAAGAAUUGAUAAAUGCAGUCACCGAGGUUUUCAAGCAAGAGGCGUCUGACUUGAAGGCCAUCAAUCUGUCAAACAAAGUCAAGAUUCUUUGUCAGAUUCUCGAUGCCUCUAAGGAAGCUGGUGACAAGGUCCUUGUUUUCUCGCAAUCACUUCACACCCUCGAUUUCCUUGAACACCUGUGCAUUACGCAAGGCAGGAAAUAUGCAAGGCUUGAUGGCAGUACAACCAUAAGCAAGCGACAAGAGUCGACCAAAGCCUUCAACGUGAGCAACACGGAACUCUAUCUCAUAUCCACUGCGGCAGGAGGACUUGGUUUGAACAUCUUUGGGGCCAAUCGCGUGGUAAUCUUCGAUUUCAAAUUCAACCCGAUCAUGGAAGAGCAAGCAGUUGGCAGAGCUUAUCGCAUUGGCCAAAAGAAACCUGUAUUCGUGUAUCGCUUUGUGGCUGGAGGAACGUUCGAAGACAGCAUCCACAACAAGGCUGUUUUCAAGAUGCAAUUAGCUUCGAGAGUCGUCGACAAGAAGAGCCCGGUGGCGUGGGCUUCAAAACGAGUGAGAGAAUUUCUCUUUGAACCCAAGUUUGUGGAGCAAAAGGACUUGUCCGAGUUCGUCGGGAUGGACCCAUUGGUUCUUGAUAAGGUCCUAGCUUCUCAGACCGGCUCCUCCACGAUCCGAGCAAUUGUGCAAACCGAUACUUUCGAGCAAGACGAUCAAGACAAGUUGACUGCGGAAGAGGAAGUAGAAGUGAAGCGUAUGCUGAGUGACGAGAAACUCAAACGGUCGAAUCCCAGAGCUUUCCAGGAACUGAUCCAGAAGCGAAAUGCGCUGCAACUC